AUGGAAUUAAGCAAAGCUGGUUCUAGAGAUGAAUUUGGUUCAUCAAUGAACAUUGUUACUGCUUCAAAGUUUCCGGGGCUCAACACUCUUGGUCUCUCAAUUGGUAGAACUGACAUUGAAGUUGAUGGGGUGGUAAACCUACAUAAUCAUCCAAGGGCUACUGAGAUGAUCUUUGUCAAUAAAGGUAUAUUGGUAGUUUCAUUUCUUGAUACACAAAACAAACUCUUCCAAAAGUCUCUAAAGGAAGGUGAUGUGUUUGUGAUCCCCAAAGGGUUGUUUCAUUUCAUUCUAAAUCGUGGUUUAGAAGUUGCUACUUUGUUCUCUGUGUUCAGCUGCCAAAAUCCUGGGGUGGGGUCCUUCAGGGCCACACCUUCUGACACCACAUUGGAAUCAGUUGAGAAGCUAAAGAGGAAGCUCGUAUCACUUUCUGACUCAGAAGAACUUCAUAGCAUUAAUGGUUUGAAUUUGGAAGUGUUUGAGAUGAUUUAUAGUUGGCCAUUUUAUAGUGUUGUAUCAUGA